GCUUAAAGGACGACUUCGGUCUGAAAUACAGCGGUCAUUUGCGUUGAGUUUAUAACGUAAUUCUUGUGCGUGUAGACAAAUAUCCGUGUUUCCGUGACAGGACGAUGAGCAGUGAAAUUAUUUUUGAUACGAAUGCUUAAAACGUCCGUGUAGUUUAGUAGUGUAGUCGGUUAUUUUGUUUACUUGCAUUAUGUUUGUACGUAGACUCGGAUCAGUGCACUGCGCAUGCGCGUUAACUGGAUUUAACACGUGCAGAAGCGCUUCUCAGAUCAGACCCAUGGUGGUGUUGGGCAUCGAGACGAGCUGUGAUGAGACAGGAGCUGCUGUGGUGGACGAGACUGGGGAGAUCCGCGGAGAGUCUUUACACUCACAGAAACAAGUGCAUGUGAAAGCAGGAGGCAUCAUUCCGCCCGUCGCCCAGCGCCUCCAUCGAGAGAACAUUAGCAGAGUGGUGCAGGAGGCUCUGGACAGGAGCGGCGUUAUGGCGCGUGAACUCGCCGCCGUGGCCACGACGGUCAAACCGGGUCUGGCGCUGAGCCUCGGCGUUGGCUUACACUUCAGCCUGAAUUUCGUUAGACAAUACGAAAAGCCUUUCAUCCCCAUCCAUCACAUGGAGGCCCACGCUCUGACUGUCAGGAUGCUCCAGCACGUGGAGUUCCCGUUUCUGGUGCUGCUCGUGUCAGGAGGUCAUUCUCUCCUGGCGCUGGCGAGAGGCAUCGACGAUUUCUUACUGUUGGGCCAAACACUAGACGAGGCUCCAGGAGACACUUUGGAUAAGGUGGCGAGACGUCUGUCUCUGGUGAAGCACCCGAAGUGUCACGGUCUGAGCGGCGGACAAGCGAUCGAGGUUUUAGCGAAAGAAGGCGAUCGUCUGCGGUUCGGGUUUAAACCGCCGAUGGGUCAACACUACGACUGCAACUUCUCCUUUGCUGGCAUUCGCAAUCAAGUGGCCAUGGCUAUAAAGAAGAAAGAAAAGCAGGAGGGCAUCGAGCCGGGGCAGUUACUCUCCUGUGUGCAGGACAUCGCUGCAGCAGCGCAGCACACCGUCGCAUCCCACAUCGCCAAACGCACACACAGAGCCGUUUUAUUCUGCAGAGCUCGUGGCCUUUUACCCCAAAACAACCCGACGCUGGUCGUAUCCGGAGGAGUAGCAAGCAAUGAAUACAUCAGAGAGACACUGAGGAUCGUCACUGACGCUACAGACAUUCAGUUACUCUGUCCUCCGGCUAAAUUCUGCACGGAUAACGGAGUGAUGAUCGCAUGGAAUGGUGUGGAGAGAUUAAAGGCGGAAAAAGGGGUUGUGUCACACACUCAGGAGGUCGUCUAUGAGCCCAGAGCUCCUCUGGGCAGAGAUAUCUCUGCUGAGGUGAGGGACGCUACCAUCAAGCUUCCUGCGUUAAAACUCAAGAUAAAAAGCUAGAGUUUUUAGAGGAUUUAACAAUGUACAUUAGUAAAUAAAAUGAGGAAAUAAAGAGUAGAUUGUGCUGUAGCUUGGCUGUGAUGAGUUGUCCUCAGGCUGGAGUCACUGAUCUGAGAACAGUCACAUGUCAUUAUUGAGGCUCAGUGUUUCCAGAUCUAAAGCACAGGAGAACUCUCUGGCGCGAGUCAGGGCUCCAGGAUCGGCCGUCCUGCUCCUGCGGGGAUGCGGCUCCGGAGCCUGGCGGGUUCCAUCAGUGCUGUUGGACGUGUUGCUUCUCUUCUGUGCAUCUGGAAAGAGACGUGAGGAAAUAUAAGACGUGAAAUCUCUAAAGCUAAAGCUCCUUUUAAAUACAAUCAACGAGGAAGUGGUUCAAUUUUAAACACAUGGUCAACUGGGAAUCCUGGAAACGCUCACACGGUGAUCCCUGUAGUACGAUUCAGAAAUAUACGGGUCUUGUGGAUGAACAGAAGGAUCUUCAUUACUGGGACUGAUUUAAAAAUGUUAAAAUGAAGUGAUAAAAUGAGAACAAAGAAACACAAACACCAACUGAAGUGCUUUUCACAGCUGAAAUAUUUCCCCUGGUCCUAGUGAACUCUAAACACACCCCUGGGUUGUAUAGUCUGAGGUUUCACACUGCUCCUACUUUCCCUGGGGUUAACACUGAAUCCUGGUUCUUCAUAAUCUGAGGUUUCACACUGUACUUUCCUAAACUCCGCCUUAACCUUCUUCUAAUUUGCAUAUCUGAAUAUCAACGACCCUGAUUGGAUAAAUCCUCGUGUGAAAUAAAUAAAUAACAGCUAUAACUUUAAAUAACGGCUCGUCUCACACGUUCACAUCAGUUAGCUAAAAGUUCAGGUCUGUGCUUCUGCACCCGAGCAGGUUCUGUUAUCUUUCACAUCUUUCUCAUCUUUCUUGUUCUUUUGAAGUUUGUUCUUCCUCUAAUUUCUCAGCGUGACGUAUUUCCCCCCUCACUUCCAUGAUAUUCAGUGUUUUGCCUCCUGACUCUAUCUACACAGCCGUUUGUGUUCGGUGUUGUUCAGCUACGUCCUGGUUUUCACCUGAUACGAGCUUCAUUUUCUGAUUGUGUUUCUGUUGCUAAGCAACAAGCCAUAACCUUCUAGCAGCGUGUUGUUUCACACUGUACACGUUUGUCACCGUGAUGUGGAGUAAAACACUGAUCCUGCUUCAGAGCAGAGUUUCAUAACCCCAGGAAAAGACAUGUUUCAUAACCCUGCUUCUAUAUACACACGUGUGAAACCUUCAUCUACCCCAGGGGGUAAAAGCAGGGGUUAGACUGAAGAGAACCCGGGGUUAAAGAUCAAUCUGGAUGAGCGUAGAUGUGUCUAAACAAUGGUGAAGUCCUUACGUACCUUUAUUAGAGCGCAGAUGGACAGUUGGUCUGCACUUUGCCUCAAAACUGUACAGAAAAUAAUGUAAAGAGAAAUGUUUAAUGGCUGAAUUGUUUAAAUAAAGAUGUUCAGCUACAAAAACUAAAUGCGAUACAA